CAUGACUCCGCUAGGAAGACUUGUCCGAGCAAUGCCUCGUUUACCCUUCAGCAGCGCUGAUGUUCGGGUGCAGAGCCUGCUGUUGGACCUGUUCACCGUCUUUCUUCUUCCUCAAUUGCCUUUUCUCUUACCAGAUCGCGUUGCAUUCCGGGUUCCGUGUUGGUGAUACUCGUGAGCUGGAGCUUCCACCCAUUGUGAAGACGGAUAGAUGCGCAUUGACUCAGUUCCACGGCAUCCACUCUGAGAAAUUGAACAACCACCCAGGACUCUGCUGAGAAUGGAUGACUCUGAGAAGAAACAUCUGAAUAUGCGCGACGGAGGCGCCCCGAGCCCGCCAGAACCGCUAUCAGGUGAUGGCCCGAGGAAAGAGAUGGGUAAGGAAAUGGGAAUGUCAAACGAUAAGAACGAAGACACCGACUCAAUUGCACCCUCAGCAAUCUCCUCAACCUCCCCGCCAUCGAUGCACGAAGACAGCGACCCAGAGAGGCCCCGGCCUCGGACUCAAGCCUCUUCGAUAGCCUCAACAGCCCACCACGUUGAUCGGCGUCAACGACGAGGCCUCUUCGCCGCUCUAGCUCUCAUACCCGAGGUCACCAACUCGUACCACUACCCUCGCCGCACGAAAUGGAUGAUUACGGUUCUUGUUGCGAUAGCAGGCAUGGCCGCUCCGCUGGGGUCCGCGAUUGUAAUGCCCGUCCUUCUCGACAUCGCACACAGCUUCCACGCCUCUACCACGAUUGCCAAUCUUAACGUCGCCAUAUACAUGCUAUCUAUGUCCAUUUUCCCUCUGUGGUGGUCAAGCUUUAGCGAAACGUUGGGCCGACGGUCGAUUUAUCUCGUUUCCUUUGUGCUCUUCUUGCUCUUCGGGGUCUUGGCGGCUGUGUCUACGAGCAUGGCCAUGUUGAUCGUCAUGAGGGUUCUUUCUGGAGGGGCGGCUGCGUCGGUACAGGCAGUUGGGGCCGGGACGAUCGCGGAUAUCUGGGAGCCGAAAGAGCGCGGGAGAGCUAUGGGACUCUUUUACCUUGGGCCGCUGUGUGGUCCGCUUUUUGCUCCCAUUAUCGGUGGUGCUAUGGGACAGGGGCUUGGAUGGAGAAGCACUCAAUGGUUUCUGGUUGUGUAUGGAGCCGUCAUGGUGCUUGGUAUCCUGUUUCUUCUUCCGGAGACUCUGGCGAAGAGGAGGGAUCUUGCGAAAGAAGCAGAAGAUGAAGUGAUACGUCGGAUGGCAUCAAGAGGGAACAAAGGCAAAGACACGGUAGAAGACGGAGAAAAGAAAGGAUUCGCGCAGCAGCAACCUCAAACACUCACCCGCAUGUCAACGCGUCAAUCGGUCCAAAUCAAGACGAGGAAAUACGCAACCCUCGCUAAACGUAUCUUCAUCGACCCUCUACUCGUCCUGGCCUACCUUAGAUACCCAGCAGUCGCACUCACCGUUUACUACGCUUCUAUCUGCUUCGGCUCACUCUACUGCCUCAACAUCUCCAUCCAGCAGACGUUCUCCAGGUCACCCUACAAUUUCUCAACGCUGAUCAUUGGUCUCCUAUACAUCCCCAACUCGCUCGGCUACUUCCUCGCAUCUAUGUUUGGCGGCCGCUGGAUCGACCGGAUCAUGCACCGUGAAGCCACGAAAGCAGGCCGGUACGACGAGAACGGCAAACUCUCCUUCAGGCCCGAAGACCGCAUGCGCGAGAAUGCCUGGCUGGCGGCGGUCAUGUGGCCCGGAGCAUUGAUCUGGUAUGGGUGGACGGCGGAGAAGGGGGUCUUUUGGUUCGUUCCGAUGCUCGCCAACUUCUUCUUUGGCAUUGGCAGCAUGCUCAUCUUCGGCCUCGCGACGACAAUGCUGACUGAGUUCAUGCCGCGCCGCGCUUCGUCGGGCAUCGCGAUCAACAACUUCGUCCGCAACAUCUUCUCGUGUGCUGCUGCUGUGGCUGCGGGGCCGAUCAUCGACGCCAUCGGGAACGGGUGGCUGUUCACGAUCCUAGGCCUUUGGAGUGUGGUGAGUGGGUGCGCGGUUAUCUGGGCUAUGAAGAAAUAUGGCGAUCGGUGGAGGAGGACUAUGGGUGAGGGCGGCAUUUAGGCCACCUCCAAAAGCAUGAGCUCCCUCAUUCCUGCUCAUUUCUCGUUUCUUCCUGCAUUUUCAAGCAGCGGUGUUGUUUCGCAUAGUGUUUAGAUCAAGCAUUGGCGCUUUGGGGGCAUGGAGGUUGGUUUGUAGAAGCGUUUCAAUAGUUGAUGAUAGACUACAUGGGCACGAUACAUAGGUACAGAGGUAGUAUAUACAACUUCCUUGGCUUUCUCGGAUUUCUCCUUGCUCUCUCUCUCUCUCUCUCUCUAUGCUUCAGUCGCAGCCGAGACCCCGGGCGGGAGUGUGUCGAUCCGAUCCGGGCCGGGUGCCAAGGCUAUCGUCACGGGUUUUCGGAUGACUCACGUGAGGCUGGAUUCGCAGAACUAUAUCAUCGGAGUCGGUGUGGAUUGGACUUUCUUUUCGCUAUGGAAUGGCAGGAGAU